UGCAGUGUCACCUUACAAUACAGAAAUGUAUUGCAGUCAAAGAGGCAGUUAAAGUGAGUAAAGCCAGUUAUUGUUUAGGCUUGAUUUGAAGUAUCAGUGUCAGACUGUCUGAUAUAUAAUUACAUUCAUUAUUUAUAUAUGUUUUAUUCGUGCUUAUAAAGUGUCAGAGACGUAAACAUCUUAGGCCAACACUUCAAAACGGAAGUUUGUCCGAAGAAUGUUAUAGAUGUGUAAAGUGUCCUUAAGACGAGCCUCCUAUUCAGCCGUGUGAUUGGAAAUAUAUCAUUUAAUAUAGAGAAAGUAAAUCAUUGAUUUCGUUCCUCCUCUUAGAAAACCAAACGAAAAGCUCAACAACUGAAACGACGUCACGCUUGCGUCCGGGGCUUCAACCCACGGCCCAUCGCCGGUCCUUUGCGUCCAACAGAAACAGGAAGUUUUCAGAGUUUACAUGCUAGGCAAACUAGCUCGCAGGUUACAUACGCAUGUAGUAUGUUUGUGGUGUUGACACCCUGAGGACUAUCUGUCAAUGCCACAGACGACCAACGAUACGCUCGACAGCAAGUCUAACCCUAUAGAGACCGUAACAUGCAGUUAUGGAGGAGCGAAAGCUAAAGAGAAAGAGUCCAAGAAUCUCCUCCAACACACCGGCUCCGACCAGUGGCACUGGCCGGAAGAGCAGCGCUAACUCCGGGGGACGGCAAGUCGGCUCCAGCCACAACGCAGGGACUCACUCCAGCCAAAAGAGCAAAACUAGGAGGGGAGUUAGAGACAAACCCAGGCACCCAGGUGCGGGUGCUAAAUCCAACCAGAAGCAGGGGCAGGCAGCUCCCAUUAUCCAGCACUCCUUUCUCACUGACGUUUCGGAUGUGCAGGAAAUGGAGAAUGGCCUGCUCAGUCUGCUGAAUGACUUCCACUCGGGGAAACUACAAGCAUUUGGCAAUGAGUGCUCCAUUGGUCAGAUGGAGCAUGUGAGAGAAAUGCAGGAGAAACUGGCCCGUUUGCACUUUGACCUCUACGGCGAGGUGGAUGAGAUGCCAGAGGACCAGAGGAAAGUCGCCUGCGACACCAACAUGGACAAAUUACUUCUUAAUCUUGAGGAGCUGAGUUCUUCCAUUCAGAAACUCAAUCUAGCCGACUCCCAGGAGAUCCCGAGGACUGCCAGUAUAUAAAUUCUCUUCUCACAACCCCGUCGGACCCGGACCCGGCAAUUCAGAGAGAAAUGAAAAGGCGUGAGGUCAGCUUGAUGCACUACUUCUCUUGAAUAAUGUGGCAGAAAUGUCAAAACAGCUGUUCACCAGCAUCUGUACAGCAGGAUGGAUGUAAGAUGUCACAACAGGGAUGCACUCAUUUUUCAAAGCUACCGAUAGACAUGAGUUGAUCUCAGCACCUUCACUGAUAAAUCCUAAACAGUGCAUUGUCUUGUCUCUUAUAGUCAGUAUUAUAUUUAGUGAGGUUUAACAUCGUGGAGACUUUACUAUCUGCAAUCACACUUUGGAACUGGUGCAUCCCUGUCUUGGCCAGUUUAUAAUCGAGUUAGAGCCAGUCUGGAUUUGCAAUAAAUUGCUAGCCAAAGUGAUAUUGAUAUUAAGCGUUCACCUUGUUUGGUCCAAAAGUUGAUUAAUUCCUUGAAAGUGUUCUUCAGCUUUGUUCAAUGUGAACUGACUGCAAACUUGCUUCUUUCAGAUAUAUGUAAACUUACUCUGUUGCACUUUGUCUUAUCUUUGUCACAGGUCAGUAUCACUGUUCAAUCACAAACUUAAGACCUAUAGACAUUAACUUAUCAAUAUAUGUAUACAGAAAUUCUUGUUUGUAUUCCCAUGAGUAGUUAUGAUCUAAUCCUAGACACAGCAAAAACCUAAAAAUGUAUCCUAAUUAGCUGUAGUUUUAUGGAUUACAUUUGAAUGACAUAUAAUUGCACAGUAGAUUCUGACCAUACUGACUGCUGUGUGUUAUUUGUAAGAAAAUAAGCAUUAACCCGAAGUUUGUGAUUUUGCAUUUGAUUUCUAGCUACAUAUGAGUGGCCUGAUAUCACCUACAACACCUCGUUCAGUGUUGAAUAUAUUUGCACAUAUCCAUGCAACACGCUAAACACACUGCACGUUUUCAUUGGUGUGACGCUGGAAAAUACUGAAUUAUCCAAAUGUGGACAUCACAACCAUGCCUUAAUGUCUUUCAUUUAGUCCGUUUGCCUUAUUGGUUCUUACCAUCUAAUCAUGUUACAUAGAGCGGGUUUGGAUUCUGUGAUGUUAACGAUCAUGUGAUGCUGCUGUGAUUUUAAAUCCUACUUGAUUUUAACGUGUGGUGUUUGGGGAUGUGGGAUUAUUACUGAGUGUUUUACUGCUUUAACUGUUUUGUGGUUUGACCCAAUAAAUGUGUUGUCUGAA